AUGUCGUUUUACGCAACUUCGAGAGAACUGCCUCCUUUAGGCGUUUUAUGUCUAAAGUACACCGAGGAUAUUCACAGACCACCUUGAGACCCACUCAAUGCUUCAUCGUUUCACUUUCCUAUUAUUCACCAAGAAGUUGAGAGUGCAUCGUUGUGGAAUGUAGUAAUUUCUAAAGAGUACUCCGAAGAGCUUCUGCAGAACUUCGUGGACGCGUGUGUUAGGUUGGUUGACAGAGGUGCGAUUGGAGUUAUAACUUCUUGUGGAUUUCUUGCUCAAGUUCAGCAACGGAUUGCGGCAAAAAUACCUAUUCCAAUUGCCACCAGUAGCCUUUUGCAGAUUCCACUGCAGCUUACGAUGCGACCCUUGAAGGAGCACGUUAAAGUUAUAGCAUUUGACAGCAGUUCGCUAGGAGAUGUACACUUCCAAGGCGUAGGGAUUACAAUGGACAUGAGGAAGAGAAUAUCUGUCAUUGGUUGCCCAGAGAAUGGGGUUUUGAGAGGAAUGAUACAAAAUGGAGAUCCGUAUAUUCACGAGCAAAUAGAGGCCGAACUAAUUGAAUAUGCUCAAGAAUUGAUGGUAAAGAACCCUCAAAUAGCAGCUUUUGUUCUAGAGUGCACCCAAAUGCCGCCAUUUGCAAAUGCAAUUUUUCAGGAAACAGGGCUUCCAGUUUACGACGUUAUAACCAUCAUUGAUUGGUUUUACUCGGGCUUAGAGCCUAGACCCACGCUACCUGAUGGAAUCCGGGAAACUGGGUUACUCAGGAAGAAGAGAGGUGACCAAGAACUUAAUCAUUAG